AUGGGUGCCCAAAAAGAGAAUGGAGAAGGUGAAUUUGAAGAUAAUAUUGAAGAGAAAACAAUCAACGAAGAAUAUAAAAUCUGGAAAAAGAAUGCACCUUUCUUAUACAAUCUCGUCAUAACUCAUGCACUCGAAUGGCCAAGUUUGACCACUCAGUGGUUGCCUCAUGUUCGAACCGAAGAAGGCCGAGAUUUCAGCACACAUCGUUUGAUACUUGGUACACACACGUCCGAUGAACAAAAUCAUCUCGUCAUUGCUAGUAUACAAUUACCGAAAGAGGAUCUUGAAUUAGAUAGUUCGCACUAUGACAAUGAUAAAGCAGAAUUUGGUGGUUUUGGUUUGAUCAAUGGCCGCAUUGAAGUCGAUUUGAAAAUUAACCAUGAAGGCGAAGUCAAUCGUGCACGUUAUAUGCCACAAAACCCUCAAAUCAUUGCGACGAAAACACCUUUAUCCGACGUAUUGAUAUUUAAUAUUGAUACACAUCCAUUGAAUAAAGAGCAACCGGGUGAAUGCAAUCCGGAAUUACGUUUAAAAGGUCAUUCCAGAGAAGGCUAUGGUCUGUCAUGGAACGCCAAUGCCAAUGGACAUUUACUCAGUGCAGCUGAUGAUCAAACGGUGUGCUUAUGGAAUAUUAACAUGCAACCGAAAGAAGGAAAGAAUUUAGAUGCUCUGUCAAUCUAUACAGGACACACCAUGGUGGUCGAGGAUGUCGCAUGGCAUUGUACACAUCCAACAAUAUUCGGUUCGGUUGGUGAUGAUCAAAAAUUGAUGAUUUGGGACACACGAUCAAAUAACUAUGCUAAAGCCAGUCAUAUUGUUGAUGCUCAUUCAGCUGAAGUUAACUGUAUUGCCUUUAAUCCAUUCUCGGAAUACGUACUUCUCACAGGUUCUGCAGAUAAAACACUUGCCUUAUGGGAUCUGAGAAAUUUGAAAGUUAAAUUAGCGACAUUUGAAUCGCACAAAGACGAAAUCUUUCAAGCACAAUGGUCACCUCAAAAUGAAACAAUUUUCGCGUCGAGCGGUUCUGAUCGACGACUUCACAUAUGGGAUUUAAGUCGUAUUAAUCAAUCGCAAACGCCAACUGAAGCUGAAGAUGGUCCACCGGAACUCUUGUUCAUUCAUGGUGGUCACGCUGCUAAAAUAUCUGACUUUUCUUGGAAUCCCAACGAACCAUUCGUCAUCUGCUCGGUUUCUGAAGACAACAUGGCUCAAGUUUGGCAAAUUGCUGAACAUGUAUAUAAUGAUGAUGUAGGAAUGGAAGCGAUAUCCGGUGAUCGAGGUGAAAUUGCUCCACCGGCUACAGCAGCAGCUGCAAAUGGAUCUUAA